ACUGCUGGUGUUUUAGUUUGAUUUUACUACAUAUUUUAUACCAGAAUGAACGAAUUGCCUAGGUUAAAGGCUCAAAUCGUAUCACGUUUCAAUAUCAGUGGCUUCCAAAUACGAAGUGAGGCGAGUUUAUUUCUAGCCCAGCAGAUUGCUCCACUACCGGAGGCGGACCGUAAACAAUGGUUGCAAAACGUUGCCAAUCACGUACAAGGCCAGAGCCUGGAACUGCCGGUGGUGGAAAAGAAACACAUCGAAAUUGCUAUCAAGGAGGCCAACAAUACCGGGCUCGAAGACAACGAGACCGUUUUCAGCGUUAUUAACGCAUUCGACGUGCCAAAAUUUCGCUACUGUGAGGAGAAAAAGAAAUUCCUACCGACCAGCGGUAAGCGAAGUCUACUGCCGGGACCGGAAGUCAAAUCACAAUACAUUCGCGACCGGUAUCUGAUGCUCUGGCAGAAGACCAGCCGUCACGAGAUGUUCAACACUAGUAAGCUUGUUUUGAAUAACAACGUGAAACGAUUGGCACUAAAAAAGAUCGAAAUGCUUUUGUCGACGUCCAAAAUGAACGAUGUGGUCAUUUUGGGUCUACUGACGCAGUUGACCGAGGGUAAGUUUUACUUGGAAGAUCCAACGGGAGUGGUUCCUAUCGACCUGAGUGAAACCGCAUUUUCGUCCGGACUGUUCUGCGAGGGUUGUUUCGUGCUUGCUUGUGGAAAAUUUCGUGAUGGCGUGCUUAAGAUAGAGGAAAUGGGAUUUCCCGUAACCGAGUUAGCAAGCAGCAGCCGUGCUUUCUUUGGCACUAUCAACAUCUGGGGUGGUCGUUCCAAAAGUUUGCUGAAAUAUUCACGCAAUCUUGCGGAGCUGGAGAAAAACAACAAUGGAGACAGUAUUGUCUUUUUGUCUGACUGUUGGCUGGAUAGUCCGAUUGUAUUGCAAAAGCUGAAGUUGCUACUGCAAGGGUUUGACGAAUUUCCACCUGUGGCCAUUGUUAUGAUGGGUCCGUUUGCAAAGAAUUACGAAAAUGUGUACUCCUUAAAGGGUCGGUUUCAAGCGCUGGCGGAAAUUCUAUCCAACUGCGAACGGCUAAAGAUGGAAACGGACAUUGUUUUAGUGCCGUCAUGCGACGAUCCCGCCACUGCAAAUAUUCUGCCCCGCCAACCGUUGCCGGAAUGUUUAGCCGCAGAUUUAAAGAAACGCUACCCAAGAAUAGUCCUGGCGACCAAUCCGUGUCGGCUUCAAUAUUGUACCCAGCAGAUUGUUGUCUGUCGAUCCGACUUGGUGACCAAGCUGUGUCGUAAUACAAUUCAUUUUCCUAAAAGUGGUCAACUGGAGGAUCAUUUUGCUCGUACGCUCAUCAGCCAGGGGACGCUGGCUCCUCUGCAUCCGAUAGCACUCCCGGUUCACUGGAACUACGAUGCUGCCAUGUCGCUCUACCCACUGCCGGAUCUGGUGGUAAUCGGCGAUCCCUGCCAGGGUUUCCAAACCACCGAACAGGAAUGCACCGUGAUGAAUACCGGGUCCUUCCCGAAGUCGAAGUUCGCCUUCAAAGUGUAUAUUCCGUCCUCGAAAACGGUUGAAGACUCGCAGAUCCCCGAGGAUUGA